CCCCUCCGCCUCCAUUUCCCAGCGUGCGGCGCGGCGCAGGGCAGGAAGUCUCGUGCGCCUGAGUCAGGGGAGGCGGGCGCGGCGCUGCCAUGGCGCUGGAGACCCUCUCCCCGGAGUGGGAGUUCGACCGACUCGAUGACGGCUCGCAGAAAAUCCAUGCUGAAGUGCAGUUGAAGAAUUAUGGAAAAUUUCUUGAGGAGUACGCGUCUCAGCUGAAGAGAAUUGAAGAUGCUUUGGAUGACUCUAUUGGAGAUGUUUGGGACUUCAGUCUUGAUCCUAUUGCUUUAAAGCUUUUGCCAUAUGAGCAGUCCUCUCUACUGGAGCUCAUAAAGACAGAAAACAAGGUUCUAAACAAAGUAAUAACUGUGUACGCUGCCCUUUGCUGUGAAAUCAAGAAGUUAAAAUAUGAGGCAGAAACAAAAUUUUAUAAUGGCCUCCUGUUUUACGGAGAAGGAGCCACAGAUUCCAGCAUGGUGGAAGGAGAUUGUCAAAUACAGAUGGGAAGAUUUGUUUCCUUCUUGCAGGAGCUGUCUUGCUUUGUUACCCGAUGUUACGAAGUGGUAGUGAAUGUAGUGCAUCAGUUGGCUGUUCUCUACACCAGCAACAAGAACGCACCUAAAAUUAUAGAGACGUCGGGAGUUCAUUUUCAGGCAAUGUACGAGCAUCUGGGAGAACUAUUGACGGUCUUAAUCACUCUGGAUGAAAUAAUUGACAAUCACGCCACUCUGAAAGAUCAUUGGACAAUGUACAAGAGGCUGCUAAAAUCUGUCCAUCACAACCCUUCCAAGUUUGGGAUUCAAGAAGAUAAACUGAAGCCAUUUGAAAAGUUGCUAUUGAAACUGGAAUGCCAGUUACUUGAUGGAAUGAUAUUUCAGGCCUGUAUAGAACAGCAAUUUGAUUCCAUAAAUGGUGGGGUGUCUGUGUCGAAGAAUAGCACGUUUGCUGAAGAAUUUGCUCAUACUCUUCGCACAACGUUUGCAAACGUUGAAGCCAAACUUGGUGAACCUUCAGAAAUUGACCAGAGAGAUAAAUAUGUAGGCAUCUGCAGCCUCUUUGCACUGCAUUUUCAGAUUUUUCGGACCAUAGACAAGAAAUUUUACAAGUCAUUGUUGGAUGUCUGCAAAAAGGUACCAGCCAUCACGUUAACUGCAAACAUUAUCUGGUUUGCUGAUAACUUUCUGAUUCAGAAGAUACCAGCUGCUGCCAAGCUUCUGGACAAGAAAAGUAUUCAAACAAUUAAAACACAAAGGGAGAACUUCCUACAGCAGAAGGCACAGUCACUUACCAAAGAUAUGCAGUCAUAUUAUGUCUUUGUGAGCUCGUGGAUGACAAAAAUGGAAUCUAUCCUGUCAAAAGAGCAACGUAUGGAUAAGUUUGCUGAAGAUCUUUCUAACCGCUGUAAUGUCUUCAUUCAGGGUUUUCUUUAUGCAUACAGUCUUAGCACCAUCAUUAAAACUACAAUGAAUCUCUACAUGUCAAUGCAAAAACCUAUGACCAAAACCUCAGUGAAAGCUCUGUGCAGACUUGUGGAGCUUCUGAAGGCAAUAGAACACAUGUUUUACCGAAGAAGUAUGGUUGUGGCAGAUUCUGUGACGCACAUUGCUCAGCAUCUGCAAUAUCAGGCUCUUCAUUCCAUUUCUGUAGCCAAGAAAAGAGUCAUUUCUGAUAAAAAGUACAGCGAGCAACGCCUGGAUGUCCUUUCUGCUUUGGUGUUGGCUGAGAACACCCUCAAUGGGCCCAGUACGAAACAGAGGCGACUAAUUGUUUCCCUUGCGUUAAGUGUGGGAACACAGAUGAAAACUUUUAAAGAUGAAGAACUCCUUCCCCUCCAGCUAGUUCUGAAAAAACUAGACUUGAUCAGUGAACUUACAGAGCGAGUUCGAGCACAAUGUGACUGUUGUUUCUUAUACUGGCAUCGAGCAGUCUUUCCAAUCUAUUUAGAUGAUGUGUAUGAAAAUGCAGUUGAUUCUGCUAGACUGCAUUAUAUGUUUAGUGCACUGAGGGACUGUGUUCCUGCUAUGAUGCAUGCAAGACACUUGGAAUCUUAUGAGGUGCUUCUGGAAUGCUAUGACAAAGAAAUCAUGGAAGUGCUCAAUGAGCACUUGCUGGACAAAUUAUGUAAAGAGAUAGAAAAGGACCUCCGCUUGUCGGUUCAUACGCACCUAAAGCUGGAUGACCGCAAUCCCUUCAGAGUUGGUAUGAAGGAUCUAGCUCACUUCUUCUUUCUCAACCCAAUACGUUUUUUCAACAGAUUCAUUGACAUAAAAGCUCAUGUAACUCACUAUUUGGACAAGACCUUCUACAACUUAACGACUGUGGCUCUACAUGACUGGGCUACCUACAGUGAAAUGAGAAACCUAGCAACUCAGCGCUAUGGUUUAAGUAUGACUGAAGCACAUCUUCCCAGUCAGACUCUGGAACAGGGUCUGGAUGUUUUAGAAAUCAUGAGAAAUAUUCAUGUGUUUGUAUCUCGCUACCUCUACAAUCUGAAUAAUCAGAUCUUCAUUGAAAGAACCAGUAAUAACAAACACUUGAACACUAUCAAUAUUCGGCAUGUUGCUAACUCGAUUCGAACUCAUGGAACAGGAAUCAUGAACACAACAGUCAACUUCACUUACCAGUUUCUGAGGAAAAAAUUUUAUAUUUUUAGCCAGUUCAUGUACGAUGAACAUAUAAAAUCCAGGCUUAUCAAAGACAUCCGAUUCUUCAGGGAAGUCAAGGAUCAAAAUGAUCAUAAGUAUCCAUUCGAAAGAGCAGAUAAAUUCAACCGAGGCAUCAGAAAACUUGGAAUAACUCCAGAUGGCCAGAGCUACCUUGACCAGUUCAGACAACUCAUAAGUCAAAUCGGCAAUGCUAUGGGUUAUGUACGAAUGAUAAGAUCUGGUGGUCUUCACUGCUGUAGCAGUGCUAUUAGGUUUGUUCCUGAUCUGGAAGAUAUUGUUAAUUUUGAAGAGCUGGUGAAAGAAGAAGGACUCUCAGAAGAAACACAAAAAGCAGCAAGGCAACUGGACUCUGUCCUCAGUGACCUCACGCGUAACUUUGCAGAAGGAACGGAGUACUUUAAAAUGCUGGUGGAUGUGUUUGCUCCUGAAUUCCGCAGUCCAAAGAACAUGCAUUUGCGGAACUUUUACAUUAUUGUUCCCCCACUGACCCUCAAUUUUGUAGAGCAUUCAAUCAGUUGCAAGGAGAAAUUGAAUAAGAAGAACAAAAGCGGAGCAGCCUUCACUGAUGAUGGGUUUGCCAUGGGCGUGGCUUACAUCCUGAAGCUGCUGGAUCAGUACCAGGAGUUUGAUUCUCUGCACUGGUUCCAGUCCGUUCGAGAGAAGUACGUGAAGGAAAUAAGAGCAGUUGCUAAGCAACAGAACGUGCAGUCAAGUAAUCAAGAUGAAAAACUGCUACAAACUAUGAACCUUACUCAGAAGCGACUGGAAGUUUGCUUACAGGAAUUUGAACUCCUUUAUUUUUCAUUAAGCAGUGCAAGAAUUUUUUUCAGAGCAGAUAAAACUGCAGCAGAAGAAAACCAGGAAAAGAAAGAGAGAGAAGAAGAAUCUGUUAAAGCAAGCAAUGGAGAUCUUUCCAACUCUACGUCUGCAGAUCCUGUUGUGAAAUGAUGUGGCUGGUAUGGGGUGAUAAUUACUUGCUUGAAUAAUUACCAGUGAUGCUCUGUAGGGGUAAAAGCUCUUCAUUUGACUUUUUCUAUUAAACCUAACAGAAAAUGUACCAUAGUAUACUAGCAUCCAGUUGGGCUAGGUCUGUGUUUGUCUGUUUUUCCUAUAGAAACUUCUAUUUUUCAGGAGUUAUUUAUUUACGUUACUAACAGCACUUUCUCUAGAUUGAAAAUAACUAAAUAAAAUAUAGCCCUGAGGUAACUAUUUUAAAUUACAGUUGUGCUUAUCUAAGAAAAAAUCCUUAAUUUUUAGAUGCUUGCUUGCAUCUCUAACAAAACAUUAAAAGAAAAAAAGACUUGUGCAUCUCAUCAACCAGAAGAAGAAAAUUGAAGGAAGAUGCGUUGCUUAUCUGUUGUCCAGAUGUUUAUGCACUCCUUUUGUAUUUAAUGUAGUCACAAAUUACACUGUAGACGUAACAGUGUACAUUGUGAAUGUAUGUUAAAGCUAUUACACAAAACGGCAGUUCUCAUUAACGUGUGUUUUUUUUCUACAAAACUUUAUUAUUGGUAUGUUAUUUUCACUCUGGAUCCAGGGUCCUGCCAGGCAUUUUUCCUCUAUUCUUUUUUCCUCCCAUAUUAGAGAAAGGGAAAAGCAGAAAAGUUAAGGUAGUAAGCUAUUUUUCGCUUCAUACCGAAGGUCUGAUUUGCAUCCACAGAAGUAAGGAAUUCAGGAGCCAAGGCAGAACCACUAUCAGCUCUUCCUUCAGUGACCAGACACUGUGUGAUGGGUGUCUGUGACUAUUAAGUGAUCUUACAUGUCAUGAAUAUGCUGUGCCUAACUGCAAGUUUCAGCCUCAACUCUGUCUUUCUUAGCCUUUGUAGAGGUCCAUUGUACUGUCUGUGUUGUUAAUACAGUGUUACUUGCCUGAUUAUUAACAAUAAUUGCACUGCAGGCUUCAGAAGCUGCUGAACACUGUGAGAACUCUGUAUAAAUUUUAACAUCUGUUGCGAGCAGAGGUUCUUAGGUUGUGCAAGAGUUGCUCAGAUUCCUGACGUAAGUACCUAGUUAGCUCAACAGUGAAUUCCACUUCCAUUAAAAGACUCAGUUGUGUCUUAAUCUCCCAGAAUUUAAAACGCUUCUAGGCUUUACUAGCUAGAAUAAACUGCUCUAGUCAGUCUGAGAAUUACCUUUUGUUUUUUUGGGCACUCUUAAACUGUAUUUACUUGACAGUUUUUCAUCUCUUCUAAUCACAAAAAAGGUAAUGUUUUAAUAUAAAUGGCUCAAAUGGUUCCAUCCGCUCUUUGGCCACGGGUCAGCUAAGACAAUUCCUGGCAGACUUGGGGUUCACCCUUUCCUGCCAGUGAGAUCAGCAUUAAGGGAACUAGGGCGAACGUUUUGGUUGCAACUGGACAGAGCGGACUGCUAAGAAAGUCCUUUCAUUGCCUCUGAAAACAUGACACAGAAGCUUUGUGAGUGGUUUAAAUCAGCUGCCCUCGUUAAUAUUUUUGUUACAACUGCAGAGACUGCCCUAAAUAAUGCUGCAUUACUUCUUUUUGCUUUUUUUGGUCAUAAUUUACGUGCGCUUUCCUUUUUUGACCAAGUUGUGCCCGCACUGAACACCUGGAGUAGUGUUGCUGAGAACAGCAGCAGUCUCACUGCUUCAGCUGAUUGCCAGCGUGUUGCAGUAGCAGUAUACGUAUUUCCCUAUCCCUGCCUCAAGUCAUGGAAGCUCCUGGCUGAUGUGGAGUGGUCCAGCACUGUUGUUCUUCUGCAGCAACAGCAGAAGCACACAGAGCAUUUGUUUUCCUCCAGGAUGGAUGUGCUAGGUAGGUAUGUGCAGUCGAGGCAUUGCCUGUGCUCUCAUUAUUGAAGUCCACGUUUGUAUUUUCUCUCCUAUGCUUUUUGGACAGGCGGGAUCUCAGCUAGGUAACGCUCUACAGUUCCUAAUGUGUGUGUGGCGGUGAACAAAUUCAUGUCAUUCUGGUGAUGGAAAUUCUACAGGAAAGACAAAAACCUGUUUUUAUAGAACCCUGACUAAUGCUGGGACCGGAAUGCAUACUGUACGUGGCAGAAGUACAUACGUACAUAUGAAUAUGUGCAGUGGUAAUAGAGCUAUUCUUGCUAAUAGAAGAUUGUAGUUUAUUAUAUUUACAUUUUUUUUUGUCAUGUAGCAGCAUACGUAUGCAGAAAGCUUUCGUUACCUGAAAUAUGAACGAGGUGGGUCCUGGUUUGGGAUGGUGUUCCUGUGUCAGUGUGUCACAUCAGAUCCUUCUCCCACCCCCUGCCCAGCUACCUGGAAGGGGUGCGGAAUUCCUGUGGUGCUAUUUUCAUUGCUUUUGCCCUCCUGCUCUGAUUAUAGGAACAAAAUGGAACCCAGCGGGGGCUGGCUGGAGAGGAGGAUGGAUAAAAAUAAUAGUAAUAAAAUCCUCCAAACAAAACUGAACUUUGCUGCUCACUGAAAGUCCCCAGAGGUGAUGAAGGAAAGGGAGGAUGAUGAGUUUGCUGCAGGGACGUAGAAUAGAUCUCUGUUAUUUUCCUCCAAGGCAGGCGCAGAACAGGCUGAAGGUGUCUGCCUUCCUGGGGAAGCUGCUGCCACUGCAGCCCCCGCGUGCUUUGUCCUGGGACAAGGCCCUUGGGGGCAGAAGCAGUGGCAGCAGCUCUCCCGGUGGCCUUGCAGCCUGCUCGUUGUGGUGCUGUGCCCUUUUAUGCCAGAAGCCACAGGGCUGCGCAGGGGACGCAGAGCACAGCCGAUGCCCAAGGUCGCGUUCACCCUGAGGUCAAAAGGCGUUGGUCACUGGUGGUAGGUGGUGGGUGGUCCCAGCCGCCCUGUGCUUCCCUGGGGUACGUCUAGCUUUGCUUGGAGGGUAGAUUCUAGAGGUCCUAACCAAGUCUGUAAUUAGAAGUAAAUUUGAGUUUUCAUCUGAUGUCCGUCAACAAUGGCGAUUUUCAGCUUCUCAGGUACAAAGGACCAAAUGUAACCGCGUUUCCUAACUCAUUGUACUAAAGGGUAUUUUGUUACCUCAGACUCUUCAGUGUGUGAGUAGAGUACCUUCUGUACAUAAAACUGUUAAUAAAUGUCAUUUGCAGAA